UCCUUGGCAUUUUAUUUUUGGCGCAAAUGUGCAGAUAAUGGCGGCUUGUUCAACUGAAACAAUGGAAGGAGAAGCGCAAAAGAAAUUCACGACUGGAGACAAAGCUUAUGUGAAGAAAGAUUCUAUGAUGUAUGAGAUAGUGGUAGGUUGCAAUCGUUCGUGUCCUUGUCGAGACUCACAGUGUAUUGCUCAGAUACAGCAAGUAGCUGAACCGACUGUAGCAAAUGGUACUGCUCGUUAUUUUGUACACUAUGUGAGUUGGAACGAAAGUUUUGAUGAAUGGGUAGAAGAACUUGACUUGUAUCCCUUCAACGCCGAGAGUCAACAAUUGAUGAAUGACUUGAGACAACAAGCUCUCACUGAGAAAGACACGGAGAAUUCCGUCCCAGAACAAGAAAACCAGUUGAAGAGAAAACGUCCUUCAAAGGAAACAGAGAAAAGAGAAGAACCCUUAGACGCCUAUUCUCUUUUUAACAUCCCAGGUUCUUUGAAGAGACAGUUGAUGGACGAGUGGGAAACGGUCACGCGGGAAAAGAUGACGUUGACACUUCCGCGAGAAUAUACUGUUCGACGUAUAUUGGAAAUUUGGGCUACAACAAAGAGUAAACAAUCAGAUUCGAAUAAGGACGAUUCAACUGUACAAGAAUUCGUGAAUGGAAUAUUUGAGUUGUUUAAUAUUUCUUUGGGAAAGAUGUUACUAUAUCGCUAUGAGCGUCCACAACAUAAUCAGAUUUUCCAUGAGAACGAAUCACCUCCAGAACCAAUAGAUGUAUAUGGUGCAGAGCACUUGUUGAGAUUAUUUGUCAAGUUACCCGGUCUUGUACGUCAUUUACAAGUUCCAGAAGAAGCUGUGUUGAACAUUGCACAGAAGAGUUAUGAAAUGUUACGCUUUCUUCAAAAAAAUUCAAGAAAGUUCUUCUCUCCACAAUAUGAACCUUUAAAGUCUCAGGAUGAUUCUGUUCAAGGCGAAAAUGAAGACGACAUGGAUGAAGAAUAAAGAGGACUUGUUGAUUUGGCUAUCGGACGGUAAUCGAAUCAUCU